AUGAGUCACAGGUUUAGCUCGCAGUCUGCUUUUAGCUCGAGGAGCAGGAGGGCCUACAGCAGCAGGUCCUCCUCAGGCUUUGGCGGUGGGCGGCAGGUUGUGGGAUCUGUGUGCCAGUCACGGGGGAGGUGCAGUGGCGGUGGUUAUGGAGGGGGGUUUAGCUCCCGGAGUCUCUACAAUCUGGGCGGUAGUAAAAGCAUCUUUGGGAGCCUAGUAGGGAGAAGCGCCAGUGGUUUCUGCCCCGGGGGAGGAGCAGGAGGAUUUGGAGCGGGAAGAAGUUUUGGGGGUGGUGGCUUUGGAGGCGGUGGCUAUGGCGGUGGCAGAUUUGGAGGUGCCUUUGGGGGUGCUGGAUUUGGUGGGCUUGGGGGAUUCGGUCCGUCUUUUCCUCCUGGGGGUAUCCAUGAGGUGACUAUUAACCAGAGCCUCCUGGAACCCCUACACCUGGAGGUAGACCCUGAAAUUCAGAGGGUCAAGAACCAGGAGCGUGAGCAGAUCAAGACUCUCAACAACAAGUUUGCCUCAUUCAUCGACAAGGUGCGCUUCCUGGAGCAGCAGAACCAGGUGCUACAGACAAAAUGGGAGCUGCUGCAGCAGGUGAACACCACAACUCGAACCAGCAGCCUGGAGCCCAUCUUCGAGAGUUACAUCAGUCAACUGCAGAGGCAGGUGGAUUUUCUGAACUCUGAGCGGUCACGCCAAAACUUGGAGAUCAGGAGCAUGCAGGAUGUCGUGGAGGACUACAAGAGCAAGUAUGAGGAUGAAAUCAACAAGCGGACCAAUGCUGAGAAUGACUUUGUUGUUAUGAAGAAGGAUGUGGAUGCCGCUUUCAUGGGCAAAUCAGACCUGCAGUCCAAAGUGGACACGCUGUAUGGGGAGGUCAACUUCCUGAAAUAUCUAUUUGAUACGGAGCUGUCCCAGAUGCAGACGCACAUCAGUGACACCAAUGUCAUCUUGUCGAUGGACAACAACCGCUCCCUGGACCUGGACAGCAUCAUCGAUGCGGUGCGAGUGCAGUAUGAACUGAUCGCACAGAAGAGCAAGGAUGAAGCCGAGGCUCUGUACCAGACCAAGUACCAGGAACUGCAGAUCACAGCCGGGAAACAUGGAGAUGACUUGAAAAACAGCAAGAUGGAGAUCUCAGAGCUCAACCGCAACAUCCAGAGGCUGCAGGCAGAGAUCGCCAGCGUGAAGAAGCAGAUCGAACAGAUGCACGGAUCCAUUUCCGAUGCAGAGGAGAGAGGAGAAAGGGCUCUCCAGGAUGCAAAGCAAAAGCUGCAAGACAUGGACGAGGCUCUCCAACAGUCUAAGGAGGAGCUAGCCAGGCUGCUGAGAGACUACCAGGCAAUGCUGGGGGCCAAGCUGUCCUUGGAUGUGGAGAUCGCCACCUACCGCCAGUUGCUGGAGGGCGAGGAGAGCAGGAUGUCGGGGGAGCUGCAGAGUCAAGUGAGCAUCUCUGUGCAGAGCAGUCAGGUGACUGUAGGCGGCGGCAGCUACGGUGGAGGCAGCGGCGGGGGUUCAGGCGGUUACAGCGGUGGAUACAGCAGCUCCCGCGGGGGCGGCGGCGGCGGAGGUUACGGAGGAGGAGCAGGCUCUCGCGGGGGCGGCGGCGGCGGCAGCUACGGCUCGAGCAGCAAAAGCAGCAGCAAAUACAGCGGCGGCGGCCGGAGCGGCGGCUCCUCCCGCACUCAGAUAGUGCAGACCUCCACCCACAGUUCGCGGAGGCGCGUGGUGGAGUAG